AUGAUAGGUUCAACAUCAAAAUCCGGUGAAGAAACAGCGGACCUUAGCAGCAGAACGACAGACAAAGAUAACCAAUUCUCCACAUCGGAUAGAUACGGCCAUUAUUCGAAAGAAGAAGAAGAAGAGGGUAUUGUUGGAUUGGAUGAUGAGUUCGAAAGGUCCGCCAUUUCAUGCUUUCGAUAUUUCCUCGUCUUCCUCAUGAUAUUUGCAGCAAUCGCUGGCGGCGCUUCGAGUUACUUCUAUCUCGAAAGGCAAGAGGAUGUCCAUUUCGGAAAGGAGUUUGGCAUUGUUGCGGGGGACAUCAAGCAGCUGAGCUAUAGACGACUCUCAGAGCGUGUUGCAGAAUUGCAAUCACUUGCAUCGACUCUCACUGGACUGGCAAUCAACUCGAACACAACGUGGCCCUACUUCACCGAUGACAACUAUCCCGUGAUUGUUUCAAGCUUCAUGAAGACCAUACAAUCAGAUAUAAUAUUCAUUUCCCCCAUUGUCCAUGAUGUUGAAAAUAAGGAGUGGUCAAACUACACGCAGAGACGCCAGCAUUGGAUUGCUGAUAGUCUGGCCUUUCAACAAGAACCUCAGCCAGAUAAUGUAACGGAUAUCUUUCCAUCCAUUUUUCGACUGUCUGCCGGAGACAAGAUUCCAGAAGAAGGGUCGGGCCCAUUUCUCCCCAUUUGGCAAACAAUCCGAGCUCCUCGCAAUGGUGAUAUGGUGAAUUUCAACAUGCGCUCGGACACACAUUAUAGCAAUGUCUUCGACACUGUCCUCGAGACCAAAGCAUCUGCCAUGACUGAUCUCCUCGGAUUGUCAAAUCAAGAUUUUGUUCAACUGUAUGAUCCUGAUAUCCAACAGCUGGUCCAAACCCAGCCUCACAGUCUCUUCCUUCAGCCUGUAUUCGAAGACUCGACGGGACAAGAAGUUGUUGCAAUCUUGAAUUCAGAUGUGAGUUGGCUCCCUCUAUUUGCUCUUUUGAGUGACAAUCCUAUUCCUCCCGUUCAUAUUGUGGUGGAUGGCGGUUGCGACGUCGCCUUUACCAUGAAGGUAACCGGCCAAAAAUCUGAAUUUGUAGGAUUUGGUGAUCACCACGAACCCGCCUACAAUGACUUCGGGAUUGAGUUUCCGUUUGCUCCAGAUGUCACUACGCAACAUAUUGCAGGAUCAGACUGUACCUACACCGUUCGGGUAUUUCCUACUUCUGAAUUCUACUACACAUACCAUCUCAAGUAUCCAGCAGUAUUUGGUGGAGUGUUUGGUGGCGUAUUUUUGUUUAUGUGUCUGAUUCUGUAUCUGUACGAUUCCGCGGUACGCAUGAGACAAAGGAGGCUACUCCAUGUUGCCUCGAGAUCGGAACAACUACUCUCUGUUCUCUACCCCAAAUCGAUCAGAGAUCGGCUUUUUGGCCUCGAAAAGAAGGAAGAUGGCAAUGGGACAACGAAAGGAAAUCGGAAUAACACCGAAGUGGGUGAGAUCGUCAAGUCUUCAAGAUUCCAACUCAAGAGCUUCAUCAAGAGCAAUCCAAAUGGAGGUUCAUUGGAUGCGUUUUCUUCAAAACCAAUUGCAGAUCUAUUCUUGGACUCGACAGUCAUCUUUGCUGACAUUUGUGGUUUCACCGCUUGGAGUUCCGUCCGGGAACCAGCUCAAGUUUUCACCCUGCUCGAAAGUGUGUAUCGAGCCUUUGAUGUGAUCGCCAAGAAGAGAAAAGUGUUCAAGGUAGAAACGGUGGGCGAUUGCUACGUGGCUGUGACCGGUUUGCCUGAACCAACCAAAGACCACGCGAAUAUCAUGGCUUCAUUCGCUCGGGAGAUUGUUGAUAGGUUUGGCGAGCUUGUUGGAUUCCUUGAAACAACUCUAGGACCAGAUACUGCAGAGUUGGGCAUUCGUGUCGGUAUGCAUAGCGGGCCUAUUACAGCUGGAGUUCUUCGUGGAGACAAGUCGCGUUUUCAGCUGUUUGGUGACACUGUAAAUACAGCGUCACGAAUCGAGUCCACCGGUAUGCGAAACAGGAUUCAGGUCUCUGGAGAAACGGCACAUCUGAUUGGAAACGCGGGUAGGGGCCACUUGCUUCGAAGUCGAGCUCAACCGGUGAGAGCGAAGGGCAAGGGAAAGCUGCAGACUUACUGGCUCUUAACAACAGAGGAAGAGGAACAUGAGCUGGCAACAUCGGCACACAACGGCGAGGACUUUGACAAGUCUAUUAGAAGUACCCUUCCUGAAGACUUUGAAUCUGCCAAUCACUAUGCUGUUGAAGCAAUGCUCCCGGCAAAGCUCAAACGGCUCUGCCAAUGGAAUGUCGAUGUUCUGGCAAAAUCAUUGAAGCAGAUUGUGGCCCACAGAAUGGCGACAGGAUUCAAAACUAAGCAAUUCGAAGAGGCUCUGGAUGAGAAAGAGGAUGCAAUCAAGCGACAGAUAUAUAUUCUUGAUGAGGUUGUGGAGAUUGUGCCCCUUCCUGAAUUUGAUGCAGAGGUGUACAAACGGCAAAAGGAUGUCGACGAAAUUGAGCUCCCAGAGGUCGUGAUGGAGCAAAUGCAACUCUAUAUCUCGUCCAUUGCUCUUAUGUACCGCAAGAAUCCGUUUCACAACUUUGAGCAUGCAAGUCACGUUACAAUGUCUGUGUCCAAGCUGCUGUCUCGAAUCGUCGCAGCAGAGGAUCUACUGAACGCUGACGAGACCGUCACUAAGUCACAUGAUAUUGGCGGGUCCAUCCAUGACCAUACAUUUGGCAUUGGUGGAUCCAUCCAUGACCAUACGUACGGAAUCACCUCUGAUCCGAUUACUCGAUUCAGCGUCAUUCUGGCAGCAUUGAUUCACGAUGUUGAUCACUCGGGUGUCUCCAACGCCCAACUUGUCAAAGAUGAACAUAUGGUAGCCAAGCAAUUCAAGAACAAGAGCGUCGCAGAACAAAACUCGACAUUCCUGGCAUGGGAUCUUCUCAUGGAACCACGCUUCAAAGACUUUCGCCGAACCAUCUAUGCAGCACCAUUGGAACUGGAUCGGUUCCGACAGCUGAUUGCCAACACGGUUUUAGCUACUGACAUUAUGGACAAAGAACUACAAACGCUCCGCCGCAAGCGCUGGGAUGCAGCCUUCAGUGGCACCAUGGCGAUUACUUCGUCUGACGAAAGAACAGAUGUGAAUCGUAAGGCUACCAUUGUGAUUGAGCACUUGAUCCAAGCAUCCGAUGUGUCGCACACCAUGCAACAUUGGCAUGUCUAUCGCAAAUGGAACGAGCGUUUAUUCGAAGAGAUGGUCCGAGCCUACAAGAGGGGGAAACUGGAGAAGAACCCAGCUGACUUCUGGUUUCAAGGUGAGAUUGGAUUCUUUGACCACUAUAUCAUUCCGCUGGCAAAGAAGCUGAAAGAAUGUGGCGUCUUUGGUGUUUCUAGUGACGAAUACUUGAACUAUGCCAUGGACAACCGGCGAGAAUGGGAAGAAAAGGGUGAAGCCUUUGUUGCUGAAAUGGUUGAAAGGUUUGGUGGUGAUAUGGAGGAUGGGGGGCCGGUGGUAGAAGGGCUAGAUCUGCUACUUUGA